AUGGAUGAAACCGUUGCUAAAUUAUUAAGGGAACUUGAAGGUUCUUCAAAUUCUUUUUCAACAACAAAAGAAACGUCGAAUGACAAAAAUUCAUCUAAAACGUUUACCACCGAAUUAGAGUCUUCGAUCAACAAUCAAAAGGCCGCCCAAGAACUUGCUUUUAUCGAAAGCAUUCAGUCGUAUCCAGCAGCUUUACGCUAUGUUUUCUCAUUACAAGCCAAAAACCCCGAGAGGUUGCGUAAGGUAAAGAAAUUGAAAGCCAUGCAAGAACGUCAAGAACGCGAUUGGUUUAUGGAGCGUCAAAGACUAAUUCACCAUCAUCAAUCUAAAAACAAAAUAAAGAGUCUUUUAACUCCACUUUCAACUUCUCGGAAUCAUGCAUCGUCUGUUGAUCUGCCUCCUAGUACUGAUGUUAAUACCCUGAGUGAAGGUGACAGGGAACUUCAGGAAGCAUUAUCCGAAUUUGAUAAAAAAAUUGUUUUACUUACGGAAAGAAUGUAUUCCGACCAAAGAAAAGCACUUUCUGAUAUGCACAUUCCGCUAUUCCUCAUUCCUUCAUCAGAACCGUUAACAGAAGAACAGAGCAAAUUAAUCCAACUACUACAGGAUCUAUUCAAUGAAUAA